GCGGAAUCCUUAAAGGUAGCCAUUUUGUUUAUUUCUUUCUGAAAAUUUAAUAUUUCUUUGGCAUUAAUAUUCAAGAAAUUCCAACGUUUAUGUUGUUUUCAUAUAUGUUCAGUAAAGAUAAAGUACAUGUGCAAAAAUUAGGCUAUGUUUAGGUAUAGCUUAAUCCUGGUGGAGGGUUUUUAUAAAGCACGUUUAACGUAUGAUGUCGUCUCGAAGAAAAGUAUAAAUAUUCUGCAGAAUUUGGCACGAGGUAUGUAGGCUAUGUAGCUUGGAAAGGCAUUUCACAAUAAACUUUAAAGGUUUACUAUGGAGCCUUCCUACACUAUGUAGACUGUAAUCCACCCUCCACACACAGAUUGCAGAUGGGUUCCCCACCCCCCCCCCCCCCCCCCCCAGUGUGUAAAUCCAUGUUGAUGAUAUGAUCAGCCAAUCAUGUUCCCACAUUUAGAAACAGACUUGGCAAUGGUUAAUGUUAUUUUUCUUCAUAUAGGAAAUUCAACAUUAACUUCAGUCAACAAACCAGCUUCUAUAUUUCCAUUCCUGUCUAAUCCAUUGCAAUACAAUGAACAUCAACAAGAAAUAAAAUGUCCCAAACAUUCUGGUUUUAAUAUCUCUUUCCCAUCCCUGAAAAACUUUAUAAACAACAAGAAGCUUCCAUCUAUAAAUUUUGACAAAAACAUCAGAAAUCAAUAUUUCGAAGAAGAAAUACUGGACAUUGAAGGAAGGAACAAUAUCUAUUGGAUGGGAAGCCUACUGAAAAAACGUCGCAGAAAAAUGAACCGACAGAAGUAUAAAAAGCGAAGAAAAAGGGAUAGAUUUAAGAGGGAAGCUUUGAAGAACCUUCGAGAGAAGAAACGCCAGAGAAAGGAAAGAGCCGCCGAACGAAAACAAGCAAUUCUUUCAAAUAUGGUUGUGAAUAAAUCUAUUUCCAAGAGACGAGCUAGAUAUCUUUCUCAUAAACUGCUCCCAGGUGUUAUUAAGGGACAAGGUCUUGGAUAAUUCAUUUGUGUACAUGAAAGUGAUGAAACUUUAAAUACAACGUUUUAAACUAAAAGACAAUGUUUUUAUUGCAGUCACUAUAUUUGUUCCCCUAGUGUUCAUACAACACUUUAUUCAUAGGUUUCAUAUUUUUUAUGCAUCUUAUAUUAUAUAAUGAUAAAUUUCUCAGUCUUCUUUUACAGUAUAAAAUUUAGUUAUUCUCCUGAGUAGAUGCAAUUAUUUCAUCAUCAAUAUUGGACAAAUCAUCUUCACAUCUUCACUACUAAAAUAUAUAGAAAUAAAAUAUUUGUCAUUUAUGGUUGCUCAAACACAACACGUACCAGACAGAAGUAUGGAUGACCAAAAAAGAAACACUUCACCUUCGAUAAAGCAUUUGUUCACAUAUAAAAUGUUUCUGCAUCUAAUAAGAUGGUUGUGGCUGACUUGGUUUAGGUUCCGGUAUACCUUGGUAUUCCUGCUCGCCUGGAAACAUGGAGAAACCGUUUGAGAAACAUUUAUAAUAUCUCUGUAAUACAUAAAAUAUGAUAAUGUACCUGGAGAGGAGGUAAAUGCCUGGGUGACUCUGGUAUAAUCAAAUGCACCUCCAUGCUCUUGAUAUCCAAGUAAAAUAAAUAUGAUUGUAAUAGGCUAAAAAUA